UAGAUUCUAUUUCUGGGAAUAGCAGCUAGCCAAGAAGCUUUACACUGCUCACUACACCAUGCCGCACUUCCGCUUCCCUUAAUUUUCCAUCUUCUCUGCACUCUCAUUCUCUCUCUCUCUGCUAAACACCACAAAACAAACAAAACCACUCACUCUCAUUCCAAACCCUUCCCUCACGCUCCGCAAUUCUCACUCUAAUGAAAUCCAAAGCCGCCGGAAACGCCGCGCCGACCGAGACCGCCGUGGUCGGAGCCGGGAGCAGCAGCUCUCCGAGUCCUCCGCCGUCGCCGCGGCGUCACUCCGGCAUUUCGCGGUGCCGGAGGCGGAUGCGGCCGGCGAAAGAGUCGGCGGAGAGUCGGCGGCUGGUGGCGAGCAUGAUGGCGCGGCGGAGCCUCCGGUACUUCUUCCUGCUGCCGGUGGUGUACAUCUCGGGGUUGCUGAUGUGUGUGGGGCCCUUCUCCUCCCUCAUUGGCCACACUCCUCUUCCCGGUUCCCGCUACCGCACCCACCAGAUCUUUCACAACCUCUGCCACCAUAUCCAAGCCGAUAAUUCCUCUGCCAUCCAGUUGGCUUCUGUGUGGAAAUACAAAAGGAAGUUGAGAGAGCAGAAGCCUUGUCCGAAUUUGACGGCUUUGCAUCGUGAACAUUUUGUGUCGCCUGGGCUGAAUGGUUUUUUGAUUGUGGAGGCCAAUGGGGGUCUUAAUCAGCAACGCUCUGCGAUUUGCAAUGCGGUGGCUGUGGCUGGACUCCUGAAUGCAAUACUAGUUAUACCUCAAUUUGAAUUCCACAAUGUGUGGAAAGAUCCAAGUGAAUUUGGGGAUAUAUACGAUGAAGAUCAUUUUAUAUCCACCCUUGAUGGUUAUGUGAAGGUGGUUAAAGAGCUGCCUGAGGCACUAAUGGAGCGGCAUAAUUACAAUAUGAGUAAUAUCACUAACAUCCGAGUUCAAGCUUGGUCUCCAGUCAGUUAUUACCUUGGAGUUGUUUCUCCUAUCUUGCAAAAGGAAGGGGUAAUUCGAAUAGCUCCAUUUGCCAACCGUUUGGCAAUGAGUGUCCCUCCACAUAUUCAAUUUCUAAGAUGUCUUACUAACUAUAAAGCAUUGAAGUUUUCCUCUUCAAUAUCUGCACUAGCUAAGAAACUAGUUUACCGAAUGAUUGAGAAGAGUUCAAGGACAGAUGGAAAAUACAUUGCCGUGCAUCUUCGUUUUGAGGAGGAUAUGGUAGCAUUCUCCUGUUGUGUAUAUGAUGGAGGACAGGAAGAAAAGUUGGAAAUGGAUUCAGUCCGAGAAAAAAGCUGGAGGGGAAAAUUUAAAAGAAAAGAUCGUGUCAUUUUACCUGAACUCAAUCGAGUAGAAGGAAAAUGCCCGCUAACUCCUCUAGAAGUUGGUAUGAUGCUACGUGGCAUGGGAUUUGAUAACAGUACUUCAAUAUACUUAGCUUCUGGGAAAAUAUAUCAUGCAGAGAGAUAUUUGGCUCCUCUGUUAAAGAUGUUUCCCAAUCUUUAUACUAAGGAGUCUCUUGCAACACCAGAUGAGCUUGCUCCUUUUAUGGGUUAUUCCUCCCAAUUGGCUGCACUGGACUACACAGUAUGCUUGAUUAGUGAGGUUUUUGUGACAACUCAGGGAGGUAACUUUCCUCAUUUUUUGAUGGGCCAUAGAAGAUUCCUUUAUGAUGGCCAUGCCAAGACCAUUAUCCCAGAUAAGCGCAAGCUUGUUGUUCUUUUGGAUGACGUGAGUAUUAGUUGGAAAGCUUUCAAGGAUCAGAUGGAAGACAUGCUCAGUGAAAGUGACCGCAAGGGAAUCAUGGUUCCUAGAGUUAGAAAAAUAAACAGAAAAACUUCUGUCUACACAUACCCCUUACCAGAAUGCAGGUGCCUGCAACAGUCUCUUGCCAAUCAAAUUGACCACCAUCUUGACAUUUUGGAUAAUUAUAACGGAACAAAAUCUUAAGUGGAUGAUAUUUUUCAUUUGUUCCAACAACUCUGCACGGUCAUCAGAUUGAUAUCAUUACCAAUUCCAUGGCACUGGUUCUACUUCCAAUACUGCAGCAUUUUAAAGUUGCUUUCUCGUUUGGCAAGGAGUGGCUAUUCCUGUUCUGAUAACAGGAGAGAUUUCAACUCUAUGAUUGGUAGCUGCGACUGUAUGAAGAUUUUGUAUGCAUAUUACUUAUAUUACAUAGCGGGACAGUUUCUAGCCUCCAAUUUAAAGGUUAGACAACACCGCACCAAUGUGUUCUACCAAAGGAUAUAGCAAACUCAAACAGAGUUAGAAUUUUUUCCCCCUUUCUGAUCAAUGUUUUUUGAGCUGACAUUUACAUUCUUUGUUUCUUGUAUAAAAAAAUUUAGGCUUGAAGAAAGAUUGUAAUCUGUUGAGUCAGUGAGCAUUUUUGUUUGACCCAUGUCGAGUCAGUAGGCUUUGUUAUCCUCCCUUCCUCAUUUUCUAAAUGUAAUUUAAUGUCUUUUGUAUAUUCUUUUCUUUUAUAUCAUUUACAUCA